AUGCACAAGAAGAGUGAUUUUAACUUCGGAGUGCUCAUCAUGCUGGAACACACGAGUCAUGGAGGCCUGAAGUUCUGGAAGCUUCGUCUGGCUGCGAGGAAGAAGAUGACGAAGGAGGAGCGAGAACAAAUAAGAGCUGAGGAAGCGGAGAGGAAGAGGCAGGAGGAAGAGGAACGAAGGCUGCUAGAAGAGGCUGCUGAGGCUGAGAGGCAGGCUGCCGCAGCUGCUGCUGCUGCUGAGGCUGCAGCAGAGGCUUUGAGGCGCAUGAGGCUGCGGUGCGAGCAGCUGAGGCGCACCAAGAGGCUGUGUGAGGCUCACGAGGCCAGCAUGGAAGUCAUCAAAGCAAAGCUUGUAGAGGACAAGGAGUGGGAGCGUCUGAUGAGCUGCGACGGUCUCCCAGACGCCCGUAGCGUCCCCGCGCUCAACCGCUACCUCUCCUUGUGGGACCCCGUGGGGGACACGGGACGGGGGGAGCUGCUCCCCACCCUCGACUCCUGCAUGAGGGAGACUCCAGAAAUUAUUAAGGUUAUAGGCGCGGUAGAGGCGGCCAUGGAAGAGGCGGACCAGCCAACGCAGCAGCAGCGACGUCUGUGGCAGGAGAUCUGGCUAGAGCUGCAGGUGGCUCUCCGGAGGAAGCUUGAUCGCGCCCUCUACAACCAGCUGCUGGACCUGACGCCCCACCUGGACCACGACACCAUGGUGUACGCGUUCUUCCAGGGGUCGCCGCUCGUAUCCGUGGCGCUCUGGAGCAACACGACGCGUUCACCCAAGAACGCCGAGCAUUCCGUACAGGAGCUGGGGCUGAGUUACCACCUGCCCCCGAGUGUGGUGCAGAAGGAGUGCGUGGUGAGUGUGGUGAGGACGGAGUAUGAUCAUUACUCCAAGUUCUCCACCUCUUACUCCUGCCCCCCGCCUCCUGUACCUCCUGCCUCACCCAUACUCACCUUGUUGGAAGACACCCGCCCCCCGGCCUGCGAGGUAGAACCUGGGGAGCUGAACCUGAGGAAGGUGAGGGUGCAGGGGGGGGUGUGGACCAUCAACCUCCUCAAGCUUCCCCCCCAACCCCAGCGUCUGGGGGAGAACUGCACCAUCAAACAUGUUGAGGACGUGGCCAGCGUAGUCCCCCUGUCCUGGGGCUCGGGGUACCAGGCGCCCCCCGAGGGCGGGGCUCACAAGAGGAAGACGCCGCAGGACCUCGAGGCUGAGACCAAGGAGCGCGAACUGCAGCUGCAGAAACUCGUGCUGCUGUCCAUACAACUCCCCGGUUCGGCGUUCUGGUUCGAGCCUCCGCAGAUGGUGCUGUGGAACCACCGUAAGAAGACGUGGACCACAGACUGCUUCCAUGACACCAAGUACCUCGAGGACCAACGCAUCCUCAAGGUUCGAACCAGCGAGCUGGGGGUGAUGGGGCUCGCUAUGAGCCGCUUCUCGAACCUCCCCUUCAUGAGCUGGCAGCUGCGCCCCUCCCCAGGUGGCGCUGCCGAGACGGUGCAGCUGGUGCUCUCAGGAGCUGUCGUUGUGGCCACCUUCACGAUCGCUCCUGGCAGUGUGUGUCUGUCAGACCUGAAGGAUGGCAGCAGGUGUCUGCUGACAGACCUGUACGAGCGGCACAUGACCACCUGCGAGCUGGUGCAAACUCUGCAGAGCUACGGCAUCACGCUGUUCCCGGACGCGGACUCGAGCUGCUACAUGGAGGGCCUGCCGCUCAAGCACCGCGCCACGGAGGCCCACGCCUACUACUGCAUGGCGCUCAUGUCUCGGGUAGCGAGCUUCUCGUGGAGUCGCUGGAACCUGCUGGCGGGCGGGCAGCGCCUGGUCUUCCAGAUGCAGCUGACAGAUGAGCGGACCGGCGACCUGCCCGAACCUGACGAGAACCUGCCGCUGGUGCUGGUCACCCCCACGGGUGCCUGGGUGACCGAGAGCUGCGAGCUCUCCCAGACCUUUUCCCCCACCCCCAAGCACCCAGACAAGUUCUCGGCAGAUCUGCUGCACAUGGCGGAGCUGGAGGGCGGACCGAGGCUGAAGACAGCCAUGCAGCUCAUGCCCACACUGCUUACCCACACCAUCACCCACAUGCUGGCACUGUCAGCAGUCCUGUCACACUGCUGA